UAGUAUGGCAGCAGGUUCUUAAAUGUAGUAUUGAGACCUCAGUAAGUCAUUCUGAACUACUUGUCCAGUUUUCCCAAGGGGAAGGAAUGCGUCUGGGCUCAGAUGUGGCGAUUAAGUUUUCAGCACAUUCGUUCAACACACCCUUGAAGCCAGCCCGGUUGUGCUGACUCCGUGAUUACUGUCAAAAUGUUUACCUAUAAGAUAUUUAUCAAAAGCUCGUGUUGCCAAUAAGCUUAAAAGGCUGAACCAACGGAAGAGGCCCAUCAGUCCUUUACAGCAAGUGACAAGAACACACGUAUUCUUUAUACACGUAAUACAUCGCGACGACACACGACGACAGUCACUGCGUGACUGAGUAGCCUCCCCAACACGGACAUCUGAAGCGGUCACGCACUGGAUAGUCUACGGCCUUAAUUUACAACUUCUUGCUUUUUACCAACGAUUUGUCUUUGGAUUUUUAGUUCAUCUUUUAACAGAUCUAUAUACAUUUACUAAGCCAUGACAAUGAACUAUUCUCAACUGGGCCACAUCUUUGUCUUUCUCCUGGUGUUGGAGGCAGUCUGGGCAGAAAUGAUGCACAUGCAAAGAGACUUCAGGGAUGCUUCUAAGUUCAAUAUCUACCGGAAAUACCAAAAUCAAGUAACAGCUAGCAUAGAGGCUAUGGGAGAAGAGUACCUGUACAAGUUUGACUACAUGAACUGCACGACCCCAAGUCUGAGGCGUAAACGAAGAGAAAUUCCCAGGUUUGCUCGCAGUAUGGUAUUACCUUAUAAAAUUAGACCCUUCAAAAGCAAAGUUCAGGAAGUGAUCGAUGCUGGCUCAGAAUCUGACUGCUCUUUGGAACAAAAGAGGAAGGCAAUCAGUAAACUACAAAGUACUUUCGGCCUCAAUGUGACAGGAGAGCUGGAUGAAAAAACACUAGCACUAAUGAGGAAGCCGCGCUGUGGUAACUCUGACAAAGACAUUAUCAAAAAUGUUACAGCUCUCAUAGAUGAUACUGAAGAAGAAUUGAGUGAUACAAACACCACUGCCACCAGUCUCUUUAACUCGGCAACCAACGGUUCUUCAAACAACACCAGUGGAACAACACCAGCCCCUUCUGAAGAUGGCACCACUGUAGCCUCCUCAUCCAGGCAGAGCAUCCUUCUUUCUACCAUUGCUCCCAGUUCUUCUGAGCCUGACAAUUCCUACACUUUGAGACAUCGAAGAAAGCGCCAGGUCGACGAGAUUAUGCAAAGACUGCAGGGUGAGACUCAGCGUGAACUUGAAAAACGAGCCAAGAUUGUGCACAUGGUACGCAGACGCCGUAGGAGAUCUGCAGUGAUGACACAGCAAAGACAACCCAUUGGUCAUUUACAGGGCAAUGAUCGUGUCGUUACAUGGCGCCUGACAGGCAGUAGCAGUCAUAUAGAUGUCAUCUGGUUGCGUGCACUAAUCAGCAUGGCCUUCCGCAUGUGGUCUGAAGUUAGUCCUCUGAAAUUCCAAGAAUUACCAGUUGGUCAUGUUCAAGACUUGGAUAUCUCCAUUUCAUUUGGAAGAUCGGUUCACAACUGCCCCUUUGUGUUCGAUGGCCCAGGUGGUGAGGUGGCCCACUCCCGAUUAUUUUCCAUUAACGUGGAAAUCCACAUGGAUGAUGAUGAGAACUAUGUGAACCUACCAGCAGGCCCUACCAGUGGAAAUGAGGUGAAUACAAUGGUGGUGUUGCUUCAUGAGAUUGGUCACAGCCUUGGCAUUCAGCACAUUGCUCAUCCCUUUGCAGUAAUGGUGCCACUCUAUGAUGUAGCAGGGGCCACCGUUGAGCUGAGUGAAGCGGAUAGGAACGUCGUGUUAAGAAUGUAUGGUCCGUGCACUUCCAAGAUGAGUACAGCUUUUGACUGGGUUAGGGUACGUCCUGAUGGCACCGUCUUCUACAACACAUACUUCUUCUCUGCCGGCUCCGCAUACUGGAUGUAUUUGAACAGCGAAAACAGGCCCAGAUAUGGGGAUCCCUUGGAGAUCCAGGUGGAGUGGCAAGGUGUGCCAGAUAAUUUGGAUACUUACCUGCACUUGUGGUACCAGAAAACAGACACCUAUCCCAGCACUAUGGUCAAUGAACAGCUCUUUAUAAAAGGAGACACAGUCUACGUGUAUGACCCAGCUGCCGACAAGGUGAAGAACACAACGACUAUUCAGUCCAGGUUUGGACACGCCAUCCCCAACAACCUGGAUGCUGCAUGCUUUGAGAACAGAGGCAGAUCCACAGUAUAUUUCUUCAAAGGAAAAAUGGUGUACACAUAUAACGUGCAUACUGGAGAGGUGACUACGAAAUCUUUUACAGAACAGUUUCCCACCAUGUCAAACAGUGAACAGCUGACUGGCAAUAUUGAUGCAUGCUACUACUCCUACAACACAAAGCACCUAUACUUUAUAAAAGACGAUAAGGUGUGGCAAAAUGAAUGUUUUGAUGUGAACCAAACACAAAUCACAAACUGUUUAAGGUACAUAAACAAGCGCAGUCAUCGAUGGAGAUAUCUCUGCGAGGUGUGAUUGGACAUGACAAGGGUGAUGACAAGUUUGAAUCUAGUAUUGUUUUGCUGAGUGCCAAGACCCCAGUGUUUAUGAUGUUUUAUCAGAGAAAAUUUAUUUAUGUAUUAAUAUUAAAAAGCCAAUUGAUAACAAAAAAGAUAAUUAAGCGUCAAUGUGACUCUGGAUCACACAAAGAUGUGAAAGUCGUCCUAUGAAUUGUGAGCAGUUGAAUACAGGAUGUAUAGUCCAUGAUCAGCAUACAAACACAUACACACACAAGGAAGGACAUUUGUGUUCCUUACAAACUUUCAUAAAGAAAAGCAGAUUCCUAUGUAAAGCAAGACUGAUGCCUCUUGAACUUAAAAAGCAUGGACUUUUCAAGAAGGACACAUGGUCAUAAUCUACAAGGAAAAAUGUCUGAUAAUGGUAUGCUGAAUAUGCUGAAGAGAGAGUAUUAUAUUUUUCUACUAAAUUAUUAGUGAUAGUAGUAAGGACUUCUAGUCUGAGUUGUAAAGUAAGGCAGAAUAAACAAUUUUUGUAUGAAUACUAAUUUUUUCAACUUGAAGCUAACUUGCUUUAAAACAGAUAAGUGCAUAUCUUUUAGCAGUAGCAACUGUUGUCUGUCAAGUCAAAGAUGUACAUUUCUUAUGUGCAGUUUAAAUUAUUACUGCUGAAGUAAGGUGUAAAGCUUAUAUAAGUAUUGAUCAUUUUUACAGUAGGUGAUUAGGCUGCUGAAGUUUAUCAUCAACAUAUCGUUUAGUUAUAAUGUGUGUGGUAUAUGAUUAUAACUAAAUAGUUCAGAUGCUGUUUUGUAUUACUCAUAAUAUUGUGCUAUGCCAGUAGCAUUGACAAUACAAAUUUAAGAUUUUGGAGGUUACAUGAUAAACUCAAUAUAUAUAUAUAUAUAUACCUAAUGUAAUAUAACUACCAAAAGCAACAGGGAUUAGUUGGAAAGGUGAUCAUUGUACAGUGUAUAACUAGUCUAUACAGGCAGUAAUUUUACACAAACAACAGAAAAAAAGAAAUUUUUAAAUUAAAAUUUGCAUCAUUAAGCUUCAUUUAUAUUUAUUUUAAUGCUGUAUAAUGCAAAAAUUAAAAAAAAAAUAAGUAAAAAAAAUAAAUAAAAUGCUGUGCAGAUAUAAUUCUAACCACACUGUAUUUUAGAAGAACUUUGAAAAAGUUUGAACUUGAGGCAUCUUAGCAGUAGAUAUUAGUGUCUGUUGUGUGGGCCCUGCCCCCCAAAUCUUCUCUGCCUGUAUGCACUAGUCAGUGGUGUAGCAACUAGUCACAGGUGUACAUGUUGCAAUGUACAGAAUUUUAGGCAUCUUUAUUAUUGAUACACAUAUAUGUGAGCAUCCAGAACUGUACAUUAUAUUUUGCCAAAUAUGUUUGUGCUAUCUAAUUUAUGUAGCGUAUUUGUCUGUGUUUCUUUUUAGUCUGUUUCUUGCUCUAUAUUUGACAAAAGGUACCAUGUGACUGCUCUUACUCUGUAGUUCACAGAUAUGGCCUAGCAUAUCAUCCCAUUAUGAACGUCAUUCUCUAAAUUAUUCUCAUCAAAAUGAGGGAAUAUAUCCUCUGUAGAGAGCCAUUUUUAUAUAAUAUUAAAAAUCACUUCAUGUUCUGCACCAAUGGAAGCAAUAAAAUGUUUUGUUUCAAAAUAAA